UUUUGAGCGGUGAUCCAGGCUCCUCCCUCCGGCUCGGCGAAGCAGGGAAGGGGAGAGAAGCAGGAGUCGGGAGACUGCACAGGCCAGAAAGUCUGCGGAGCGGGCCGCGCCCCUGGCCCACCCGGGCUCCAAGUCCCGCGUCGCCGCCCUGGCGGGGACGGUGCAGCAGGCGGCGGGAUGCGGCGGGGCGGCAGCCUGAGCGCCCCGGAUGGCCCGCGGCGGGGCGGCCUGCAAGAGCGACGCGCGGCUGCUGCUGGGGCGGGACGCGCUGCGGCCGGCGCCCGCGCUGCUGGCCCCCGCCGUGCUGCUGGGCGCCGCGCUCGGCCUCGGCCUCGGCCUCUGGCUUGGCUGCCGCGCGGGCCGCCAGCGCACGCGACACCAGAAAGACGACACUCAAAAUCUGCUCAAGAAUUUGGAGUCUAAUGCGCAGACCCCCUCGGAAACUGGCUCCCCAUUGAGGAGGAGGAAGAGAGAAGUGCAGAUGUCGAAGGACAAGGAAGCUGUUGAUGAAUGUGAGCCGCCUUCCAACAGCAAUAUCACAGCAUUCGCCCUGAAGGCCAAAGUCAUCUACCCCAUCAAUCAGAAGUUCCGGCCUCUGGCCGAUGGCUCCUCCAACCCGUCUCUGCAUGAAAACUUAAAGCAGGCUGUCUUGCCACACCAGCCGGUAGAGGCCUCUCCUUCCAGCAGCCUGGGGAGCCUGAGCCAGGGUGAGAAGGACGACUGCAGCUCCUCAUCCAGCGUCCACUCGGCCACCAGCGAUGACAGGUUUCUCAGCCGCACCUUCCUCCGGGUGAACGCCUUCCCUGAGGUGCUGGCCUGUGAGAGUGUAGACGUCGACCUGUGUAUCUACAGCCUUCACUUAAAAGACCUGCUGCAUUUGGACACGGCACUGAGGCAGGAAAAGCAUAUGAUGUUUAUUCAGAUUUUUAAAAUGUGCCUCCUUGACCUUCUUCCUAAAAAGAAGUCAGAUGAUGAAUUAUACCAGAAGAUCCUUUCAAAACAAGAAAACGAUUUGGAGGAACUAGAAAAGGGACUUCAGAUCAAACUGUCAAACACAGAAAUGUCGGGGGCUGGUGACUCUGAGUACAUCACCCUGGCUGAUGUGGAAAAGAAGGAGAGAGAAUACUCUGAACAGCUAAUCGAUAAUAUGGAAGCUUUCUGGAAACAGAUGGCAAACAUCCAGCACUUUCUUGUGGACCAGUUUAAGUGUUCCAGCUCCAAAGCCCGACAGCUCAUGAUGACUCUGACGGAAAGAAUGAUUGCAGCCGAAGGGCUAUUGUGCGAUUCUCAGGAGCUGCAGGCUCUGGACGCCCUGGAGAGGACGAUGGGGCGGGCACACAUGGCAAAAGUGAUUGAGUUUCUGAAGCUGCACGUCCAGGAGGAGACCAGGUGCCGGCUGGCUGCCAUCUCCCACGGCCUGGAGCUGCUGGCUGGUGAGGGGAAGCUGUCCGGGCGGCAGAAGGAGGAGCUUCUCACGCAGCAGCACAAGGCCUUCUGGCAGGAGGCAGAGCGCUUCAGCCGGGAGUUUGUCCAGCGAGGCAAAGACCUGGUCAAGGCGUCUCUGGCUCACCAGGUGGAGGGAACGGCAAAACUCACGCUGGCCCAAGAGGAGGAACAGAGAAGCUUCCUGGCUGAGGCCCAGCCGACUGCUGACCCGGAAAAGUUUCUCAAGGCUUUUCAUGAGGUCCUGGAGAGGCAGAGGCUGAUGCAGUGUGACCUGGAGGACGAGGAGAAUGUCAGAGCCACCGAGGCUGUGGUUGCACUCUGCCAGGAGCUGUACUUCAGCACCGUGGACACUUUCCAGAAGUUCGUGGAUGCCCUGUUCCUUCAGACGCUCCCUGGCAUGACUGGCCUCCCCCCGGAAGAGUGUGACUACUUGAGGCAGGAAGUCCAGGAGAACGCUGCCUGGCAGCUGGGGAAGUCAGAUCACUUCCGGAGGCAGCAGUGGAAACUCUUCCAGGAGCUCCUAGAGCAAGACCAGCAGGUGUGGAUGGAGGAGUGUGCGCUGUCCAGCGUGCUGCAGACACACCUGCGGGAGGACCACGAGGGCACCAUCCGCGGCGUCUUGGGCCGACUGGGCGGCCUCACUGAGGAGUCCACGCGGUGUGUCCUGCAGGGGCAUGACCUGCUGUUGCGCUCAGCCCUCCGGAGGCUGGCACUCCGCAGCAACGCCCUGGCCACCCUGACGCAGAUGCGGCUGUCGGGGAAGAAGCACCUCCUGCAGGAGCUGCGGGAGCAGCGUGCACUGGAGCAGGGGUCCUCCCAGUGCCUGGACGAGCAUCAGUGGCAGCUGCUCAGGGCUCUGGAGGCGCGUGUGCUGGAGGAGGCCAGCCGGCUGGAGGAGGAGGUGCAACAGACGCGGCUGCAGCUCCAGCAGCGGCUCCUGGCCGAGGCCCAGGAGGUGGGGCAGCUUCUGCAGCAGCACAUGGAGUGCGCCAUUGGGCAGGCGCUGCUGGUGCAUGCACGGACUGCGGCCACCAAGAGCCGGGCCAAGGACAGGGAUGACUUCAAGAGGACACUGAUGGAGGCGGCAGUGGAGAGCGUCUACGUGACCAGCGCUGGUGUCAGCCGCCUGGUGCAGGCGUAUUACCAGCAAGUCGCAAGGAUCAUGGAGGACCACGAGGAGAGAAAACUGCAGCACCUGAAGACCCUGCAGGGUGAGAGGAUGGAAAAUUACAAACUGCGGAAAAAGCAAGAACUCAGCAACCCUUCGUCGGGCAGCAGGACGGCAGGUGGCGCUCAUGAGACCUCCCAGGCGGUCCACCAGAGGAUGCUGUCCCAGCAGAAGAGGUUCCUGGCCCAGUUCCCAGUGCACCAGCAGAUGCGUCUGCACGCCCAGCAGCAGCAGGCAGGAGUCAUGGACCUUCUGGAAGCCCAGCUGGAGACCCAGCUACAGGAAGCUGAACAGAACUUCAUCUCCGAGCUGGCAGCCUUGGCCCGAGUGCCCCUUGCUGAAAGCAAACUGUUCCCUGCUAAGCGUGGGCUGCUGGAGAAGCCCCUAAGGACUAAAAGGAAGAAGCCCCUUCCCCAGGAAAAAGGGGACCUGGGGGUGCCCAACGAUGAGGACCUUGCCUCCGGGGAUCAGACCUCAGGCUCACUCAGCAGCAAAAGGCUGAGUCAGCAAGAAAGUGAAGCUGGGGACAGUGGGAACUCAAAGAAGAUGCUAAAGAGAAGAAGCAACUUGUAGUUUAAGACCAGUCAGUGGGACAAGACCUGAAGCCCUGGGUCUGGGUGUGAAUUCCGCCUUCCCUCCUGCAGUGCUGAGAGGCAGCGAGGACGGAGAGGACAGCGGCAUCUCUAGGCUCUUCUGAGACGGACAGAGAAAGAAUAGAAAUGUGCCCUAAAAGCGUAAAUGAGUAUCUCCUGAGAAAAUUAGGCAUUCCCAUGUUGGAAACACGUCUCUGUGAGUUUGCAUUUCAUUUGGCUUGGAGCCCUGGCUCGAUGCCUCAUGGAUCUUUCUCCCCCAGGAGGGACAUCUUGAGGGGUCCGAGCCUCAGGCCAAGGACCCCUGAUGCAGACUCUGGAAUCCCUGGCCCAAAGGCCUGUCCGGGCCCAUCUGGGGCUGAGGACACACAGAUACAUAAUGACACCUGCAGAAAUGUAUUCUCUGAGGACACUUAGAAUAUGAGGAAGAGGGUGUGGCCCAACCCUCACUUCACCUGGGAGGGGCUUCUUCCGGACAGUAGACACCCUGCCCCUGCAGAGAGAUGUCAUGGGGGCACCUGCUCUCCCUGAUAGAUGCUGAGAGCAUCCAGAAACUUCCAGACCAGCCCUCUCACCACACCCAGAAGAGGCCUUUCCCAUCUGGAGAGAAGCUUCCAGACCAGCCCUUCACACACCACAGCCAGGAGGGGCUGUUCCCACCUGGAGAGAAGCUUCCAGACCAGCCCCACACACCACAGCUAGGAGAGGCCAUUCCAACCUGGAGAGAAACUUCCAGACCAGCCCCGCACACCACUUCCAGGAGAGGCCUUUGCCACCCGGAGAGAAACUUCCAGACCAGCCCCUCACACCACAGCCAGGAGGGGCCUUUCUCACCUGUAGAGAAAUUUCCAGACCAGCCCCGCACACCACUGCCAGGAGGGGCCUUUCCCACCUGGAGAGAAACUUCCAGACCAGCCCCUCACACCACAGCCAGGAGGGGCCUUUCCCACCUGGAGAGAAAUUUCCAGACCAUCCCCUCUCACCACAGCCAGGAGAGGCCUUUCCCACCGGUAGAGAAACUUCCAGACCAGCCCCUCACACCACAGCCAAGAGGGGCCUUUCUCACCUGGAGAGAAAUUUCCAGACCAUCCCCUCUCACCACAGCCAGGAGAGGCCUUUCCCACCGGUAGAGAAACUUCCAGACCAGCCCCUCACACCACAGCCAAGAGAAGCCUUUCCGGCCUGGAGAGAAACUAACAGACCAGCCCUCUCACUACAGCCAGGAGAGGCCUUUCCCGCCUGGAAACUUCCAGACAAGUCCCUCACACACCACAACCAGGAGAGGCCUUUCCCACCUGGAGAGAAACUUCCAGACCAGCCCUUCAUACCACAGCCAAGAGGGGCCUUUCCCACCUGGAGAGAAACUUCCAGACCAGCCCCUCACACCACAGCCAAGAGAAGCCUUUCCAGCCUGGAGAGAAACUAACAGACCAGCCCUCUCACUACAGCCAGGAGAGGCCUUUCCCGCCUGGAAACUUCCAGACAAGCCCCUCACACACCACAGCCAGGAGAGGCCUUUCCUGCCUGGAGAGAAGCUUCAGACCAGCUCCUCACACCACAGCCAGGAGAGGCCUUUCCCACCGGGAGAGAAGCUUCAGACCAGCCCCUCACACCACAGCCAGGAGAGGCCUUUCCCACCUGGAGAGAAACUUCCAGACCAGCCCCUCUUACCACAGAUAGGAGAAGCCUUUCCCGCCUGGAGAGAAACUUCCAGACAAGCCCUCUCACUACAGCCAUGAGAGGCCUUUCCUGCCUGGAGAGAAACUUCCAGACCAGCCCCUCACACACCACAGCCAGGAGAGGCCUUUCCCACCUGGAGAGAAACUUCCAGACCAGCUCCUCACACCACAGCCAGGAGAGGCCUUUCCAGCCUGGAGAGAAGCUUCCAGACCAGCCCCUCACACCAUAGCCAGGAGAGGCCUUUCCCACCUGGAGAGAAGCUUCAGACCAGCCCCUCACACCAUCGCCAGGAGAGGCCUUUCCCACCUGGAGAGAAGCUUCCAGACCAGCCCCUCACACCACAGCUAGGAGAGGCCUUUCCCACCGGGAGAGAAGCUUCCAGACCAGCCCCUCACACCACAGCCAGGAGAGGCCUUUCCCACCGGGAGAGAAGCUUCCAGACCAGCCCCUCACACCACAGCCAGGAGAGGCCUUUCCCACCGGGAGAGAAGCUUCCAGACCAGCCCCUCACACCACAGCCAGGAGAGGCCUUUCCCACCGGGAGAGAAACUUCCAGACCAGCCCCUCACACCACAGCCAGGAGAGGCCUUUCCCACCGGGAGAGAAACUUCCAGACCAGCCCCUCACACCACAGCCAGGAGAGGCCUUUCCCACCGGGAGAGAAGCUUCCAGACCAGCCCCUCACACCACAGCCAGGAGAGGCCUUUCCCGCCUGGACAGAAGCUUCAGACCAGCUCCUCACAUCACAGCCAGGAGAGGCCUUUCCCACCUGGAGAGAAACUUCCAGACCAGCCCCUCACACACCACAGCCAGGAGAGGCCUUUCUCACCUGGAGAGAAGCUUCAGACCAGCCCUCUCACUACAGCCAGGAGAGGACUUUCCUGCCUGGAGAGAAACUUCCAGACCAGCCCUCUCACUACAGCCAGGAGAGGACUUUCCUGCCUGGAGAGAAACUUCCAGACCAGCUCCUCACACCACAGCCAGGAGAGGCCUUUCCAGCCUGGAGAGAAGCUUCCAGACCAGCCCCUCACACCAUAGCCAGGAGAGGCCUUUCCCACCUGGAGAGAAGCUUCAGACCAGCCCCUCACACCAUUGCCAGGAGAGGCCUUUCCCACCGGGAGAGAAAUUUCCAGACCAGCCCCUCACACCACAGCCAGGAGAGGCCUUUCCCACCUGGAGAGAAGCUUCAGACCAGCCCCUCACACCAUUGCCAAGAGAGGCCUUUCCCACCGGGAGAGAAACUUCCAGACCAGCCCCUCACACCACAGCCAGGAGAGGCCUUUCCCACCGGGAGAGAAGCUUCCAGACCAGCCCCUCACACCACAGCCAGGAGAGGCCUUUCCCACCGGGAGAGAAACUUCCAGACCAGCCCCUCACACCACAGCCAGGAGAGGCCUUUCCCACCGGGAGAGAAACUUCCAGACCAGCCCCUCACACCACAGCCAGGAGAGGCCUUUCCCACCGGGAGAGAAGCUUCCAGACCAGCCCCUCACACCACAGCCAGGAGAGGCCUUUCCCGCCUGGACAGAAGCUUCAGACCAGCUCCUCACAUCACAGCCAGGAGAGGCCUUUCCCACCUGGAGAGAAACUUCCAGACCAGCCCCUCACACACCACAGCCAGGAGAGGCCUUUCUCACCUGGAGAGAAGCUUCAGACCAGCCCUCUCACUACAGCCAGGAGAGGACUUUCCUGCCUGGAGAGAAACUUCCAGACCAGCCCUCUCACUACAGCCAGGAGAGGACUUUCCUGCCUGGAGAGAAACUUCCAGACCAGCUCCUCACACCACAGCCAGGAGAGGCCUUUCCAGCCUGGAGAGAAGCUUCCAGACCAGCCCCUCACACCAUAGCCAGGAGAGGCCUUUCCCACCGGGAGAGAAAUUUCCAGACCAGCCCCUCACACCACAGCCAGGAGAGGCCUUUCCCACCUGGAGAGAAGCUUCAGACCAGCCCCUCACACCAUUGCCAGGAGAGGCCUUUCCCACCGGGAGAGAAAUUUCCAGACCAGCCCCUCACACCACAGCCAGGAGAGGCCUUUCCCACCUGGAGAGAAGCUUCAGACCAGCCCCUCACACCAUUGCCAAGAGAGGCCUUUCCCACCUGGAGAGAAACUUCCAGACCAGCCCCUCACACCACAGCCAGGAGAGGCCUUUCCCACCGGGAGAGAAGCUUCCAGACCAGCCCCUCACACCACAGCCAGGAGAGGCCUUUCCCGCCUGGACAGAAGCUUCAGACCAGCUCCUCACAUCACAGCCAGGAGAGACCUUUUCUGCCUGGAGAGAAGCUUCCAGACCAGCCCUUCACACCACAGCCAGGAGAGGCCUUUCCCACCUGGAGAGAAACUUCCAGACCAGCCCCUCUCACCACAGCCAGGAGAGGCCGUUCCCACCUGGAGGGAAAAUUGCUCCUUUGAUGGAGGUUACGGACUGUCACCCUCAGCACUGUGAACAUACCGAGCGAGAUCAUUCUUCAGGGGAAGGAGCUGCCCAGAGCAUCACAGGAUGUUCCAGUGUCCCUGGCCUCUGCCCACCAGAUGCCAGCACUCCCACCAUUCGUGGCAACCAAGGAUGUCUCCAGACACUGCCCCGUGUCCAUGGGGUUAUCACCCACUGCGCUGAGUCAAAGGGUGCCUGCCCUGGUCUAAUCCAGGACAUAGCCGUGGAUACGUCCACAAAUCCCCAGAACCUAGUGAGCCCUCUGGCUCUGGGAGCCCCUAUCUCAGGAAUUUUCAGGGCCAUUUAUGACUUUUCAUUUCUUAAAACCUGAAAUAGACUCUCUUAGAAACAAGUGACUCCUUCCCAGUGGCCAAAACUUAAUCAUCAGCGCGCUUCCUUCAGUUCCUCACCCAUCAGCCAGUGGGCUCUCCAAAGUUAACCAACAGCUCCCUCUUGUGGUUCACUAAAAAACUUCGUUAUUCCAUGGAGUUGUGCAAAGCUAUGGCUUCCUUGGUGCAAUAUUCUUAAAACCUGCUUUGCAUAGAAAUCACUUUUUUCUUUUCUUUUUUUUUUUUUUUUUUUUUUGAGACAGAGUCUUGCUCUUUCGCCCAGGCUGGAGUGCAGUGGCGUGAUCUCGGCUCAUGGCAAUCUCCACCUCCCGGGUUCAAGCGAUUUUCCUGCCUCAGCCUCCCCAGUAGCUGGGACUACAGACGUGUGCCACCACACCCGGCUAAAUCUUUUUUGUAUUUUAUUUUAGUAGAGACGGGGUUUCACCAUACUGGCCAGGCUGCUCUCGAACUCCUGACCUCAUGAUCCACCCGCCUUGGCCUCCCCAAAGUGCUGAGAUUAGGCGUUAGCCACCGCGCCCGGCCAGAAAUCACUUUUAUAUUGUCACAUGGGCCCUCUGCACAGAGUCCGAUGGCUCCUCCCGGGGAAGCCUGAUCUUGUGACGUGUGUAUAGUAAAUGCCGGCCCUCUGGCAGCACCAUAAUUGGUCGGUUACCCUGAGCCCAGAGCUCUGAAAGCAUCUGUGGAAUGAUCACGGGACCCUUCUCUGAGAAGGCUCCCGGCUGCCUCCCCGCCACCGAGCUUGUAGCCUGACUGCCUGGCUGUUGCAUGGAGCAUUUUGCUUCUGGGGUGUCUUCCUUAGCCAAAGGGAAUGUGUCAUUUGCUCGACCCUUGCCGCCCAGCUGUUGUGCUGGGCACAGUCUGGGGCACAGGCCUCCAUGAUGAAGACGCGUGGGCUGUCGGUGCUUUCAUCCGUCACAAACUGGCACCUGUACCUGCCAGCAGGAGCAUGAUGGGGACUUCCAUGCUGGAAUUGCUCCCUGAUUAAAAUGAGAUAUGGCUAUUUGGAAGACACUGCAUUUUAGCCAGUGUACCUGGGCACAGACUCGGGGCUGCCCUGAAGCUGAUGAAGGCUUGAAGGACGGAAGGGCUGAGCCACAUGAAGGCAACACUCAGGGCCAGGGGAGAGAGAAGAGGAUCAGCAGUGCAGCCCCAGGACGCCUCGCAGACGUGCCUUCUGCCAUGAUUGUGAGGCCUCUCCAGCCACGUGGAACUUGUAUCUCUAGCUCAUGGAAAUGGAAGGAAGAAAUGUGAAGUUUAGGAGAUUGGAGCUUCCAGUCUGAGGCUGAUCCAUACAAUACAAGAAGAAAGUGAGCCAGGAAAGGCCAAACAGGAGGGAAUCAAUGCAAGAUUUGAGCCUAUUUUGUGGAAGCCCGCCCAUCAGCCGUCUUCCCUCUCUUCGCCUCCUUGGGUCUCAGGAACUCAGCCUUCAGAAGUCAUGAACUGAAUCUCUCCUCCCACCCCCACAUCCACCAGUCUCUACCAAGAGUGAGUCCUCAGGAAGCAGCCACCACCAUUCGUUAUCACGCGGGGGGACUGCCAAGCAUUCGUACCCAAUCCAGACACCACCACUGAAAUGAAAGUGCCCUAGUCAGGUCAGUGGGCAGUUCAUUUUCUUUAUUUUUUCACAAGCUUUGAAUUCAGAAAUAAGAGCCACAACAAGUUGGUUGUUAAGUAAAAAUGGGAGUGAUUACAAAGGAAAACUUUGUACAAAACUUUAAAAAUCUGACUGCCCCGUCAACUGCCUCAGAGGGACCAGGACUCAGGCCACGCAGGGGCAGCCGUCACCCCCCCAUCGUCAGCCCCAAAUGGGGAUGGGGAGACCUCUUUCUGAGUGUGAACCUGGCUCAGCCUGAAGCCUAGAGCUGGCUUGAAGAACACACACAGACCAGAAGACAGCACGGUGAGUUACAAGUGCCACGGAGACCAGGGUUUCUGACACAGGAUGUGGAGGAUGCUUCUCUGCAACCUAGUGCAAGGCUUCCCCUGCCAUUCCGAGAAUUCACGGAUCUCACAGGUGGAGGUGGGGCGAGCUUCUUUCUAGUGUGGACCAGAGGUGGGGGCAAUGAGUAAACAUCUUCACUGUAAGGGUUUUGGGACUGCCCCUCAGGGCUUGAGGUCUCGGCAUCGUGUCUCAGUCAGUCCUUGGCGAUGUCCCCUCAGACGCACUCACAGACUUGCAUACGUAAUUUAGUAACAUGCAUCAACUAUCCUAGAACAUCUACAGGGUGCAAAGGAACCACCACUCAGAGAAUCAUGGAGCCAGUGGAGUUAGAAGUGGAAGGGACAGAACAAGACAAUGCUAAAACCUGUGGUUCACUAGGAAGGGGGAAUGAAAACACCAUGCUCCGAGGUGGAUUCAGCAUGAACACAACUGUGGGGCAAGGAAUUUCCAAGCAAACACACCACACUAGUACCACUUCUUCCUAAACAGAAAAGGGAGAGCAUCCUUCGACUUCCCCCUCCUUCCAUCAGCACCAACUAAAACUGUGGGUUUCAAAAACACUGACAGGAAAAGGGAUGGACAUGAUUCCCAGAAUCCUUCAGGCUAGCUCCUCCGCGCAUCCGCGUUCAACCGAGGCUGGUGAUGUUGGAGCGGCCACCAGGGGGCGCCACGAUGCGGUGGCCGGUGCGCCUGGGAUUGUUGUCAUCUAUCUGGGCACCUGAAAGAGAACGCCAAUCGCUGCUGGAUGGGAUCUGUUAACAUCAGUUCCACGCUGCUCCUGGAGGCCAUGUACUCUGCCAUGCACUCCACCUUAGCAGAAGUCGUGACCCCGCCCCAUCUUCAGGUGUUCUCCACUGGACCCACCUUCAUUCAGGGCUCAGUCCAGGACCAGCCAUGGGAAGCUUCCCUGGCCUCCACAGAGUCCACUGCUCCCUCUUCUGUGCCCCUCAGUCCCUGGGCUCUCCCUCCUUCAGCCCUGACCACCUUGUGGUGUUCUUGUCAAAAUCCCCAGUAAAAUCCGACAUUCCUGAGACAGGUGAUCAAACACUUACUGAGUGCCUACUGUGUGCAGGCACACAUUUGGUGCUUUAACAUGUUACUGCAUUUAGGGCACACAAUCAUACUAUGAAGGGGGUGUUUGUACUCCCAACUUACGGGUGAGCAAGUUGAGGUUCAGGCCACGUGUCUUGCGGGACACAGGUGUUGGGUGGGGAAGCCAGGAUUGAAGCCCAAACUGGUUGGUUUUCAAAGCCCAUGCUCUUAGGAACAGUGUCCCACACUCCAAAGGUAUUUUACAUAUUGCGUGUGUACACAUUUGUAUAUGCAUGUGCAUGUGUGUGUGCACGUGCAUGUGAACUCCGCACGCUGGAUUUACUUCCCUCAUUGGCAAUAGGUGGACCUGAAGGGGGGGUGUGGUGUGCAGAGGUUCUUAAUUUUAAUCUUUCAGAACCAACCAUCCAUUCUAAUUUUACGUAUUCUCUUGCAUAAAGGUGUAAAAUUCAAGCAGCAAACCCAGUGCCUGGAGCUCAACAAAUAUUUAUUAAAUGAGUAAAUCACGAAGGGUGGAUAAUGCUGAAAGGUGGGAAGUAUAGAGUCCUUAUCAGGGAGGGGAAGUUGAGCUGGCGGAACUGAGGAAAAGCAAAAAGAGAAAGCAAAUAAGCUGUAAGUUUGCCUUUCUUCAUGGUCUACAACACAGCCUUCCUGCACAAAUAACUCACAGUCUUCCUGCACUCAACUUAUCAGCAGACCCUCAGCUAAUAGAAAAACGUAAGUUAGCUCACUGCAACCACAGCAUUAUCAGUACUGCACAAAGCCCUCUUCAGCACACAGCACAAGCACCAUCCUAUAAAAUCUCCAGCAAGCCUUUGUUUCCUUGCAGUCGGCUCCUUUCUUGCUGACCUACCCACUGUACCCUUUCAUACUUUUUCUAAUACAUCUGACUUUCUUUACCUACAACUGUCUUGGUGAAUUUUUUUUACUAGCUGCAGAACACUGGCCCCAGAUAGUUGUCACCUGCAACAGGAGGGAGACUCAAGUUUCAGUGCUAAUCAUGCCUUGAAUUUGGGCAAUUUGGAGUAAGACACCACCCCACUCCCUUGGCCUCAUUUCCUUUUCUGCACAAUAAGAACAGUAGACUAGAUGAGCCCCUUCCAACUCCAACAUUAUAUCAUUUGUCUAUGUAAGCCACUAAGAAUUUGGUUCAGAGUAGUGACUUUUCUUUUCUCCCAUUGUUUCACUGGUAGACAAUAUGUCUUCUUGCAAUACAAGACUCCCCUAAAGGCCUGGAAUCAGGCCUAGCACUUAGUAACUUUUUCCUUAUAACCAUCUGUACCUUGCUGGUUGCAUGUCUGUACUUUGAAAAUACCUGCUGGAAAAAAGGACACUAAUAUGGUUUGGACUUUUGUCCCCCAAAACUUCGUGUUGAAAUUUGAUCCCAAAGUUGGAGGUGGGGCCUAAUGGGAGGGGUUUGGGUCAUGAAGGACAGACCACUCAUGAAUGGCUUGGUGUCAGCCUCACAGUAAUGAGUAAAUUCUUGCUCUAUUAGUUCUCGGAAGAACUGGUUGUUAAAGAGCACCUCUGCCUUCUUCCUCUGUCGCCAUGUGAUCUCUGCACACGCUAGCUCUCCUUCGCCUUCUGCCAUGCUGGAAGUAGCCCGAGGCCCUCACCAGAAGCAGACGCUGGCACCAUGCUUCUUGUACAGCCUGCAGAGCCGUGAGCCAAGUAAACCUCUUUAAUUACCCAGCCUCAGGUAAUCCUUUAUAGCAAUGUAAAUGGACGAAAACAGACACUAACUCAUGGUACAGCUCUAUAAUGUAACAUAUGCAGAUAUGAGAAAGGGCAUCUGUGAGGUUAUUAUGAUGUUGGAAAGCAUCUAUGUUGUUGGUACCAAAUGAAGUCACCUAUCAACGUGCCAAGAGGCUGGCUGACAGCAGUGAUGCUGUGGACCUCAGGAGGACUAAGAGUGACACUGAGAGAACAAGGGUGGGGAGGGGCCCUUCCAGGUGGCUUUUAACUUCAUUGUUAUUCUUGUUCUAAGAACAACGGGGAGGAGGAUUUUCUGUCCAUGUUUAAUUGCAAUUGUGCAAUGUUUAAUUGCAUAACUCCAGAACAGUGGUCCAGUUUGCAAACUCCUUGAGAGCUUGCGUCUUGUUGCACCCAGACAGCUUUUUCCCAGGAUUGAAGCCAAUCCCUGUUUUGCUGAUAGAGCAUCACAUGACUAUUAGCAUUCUAUUUAGGGUCCAUUUUGUGCAAAAAUAUGAAACACUGGAAGCUCUUCCAUGAAAGUCUUAUGGAGAGUGAGAUGAAUGGGGAGGCCUCCUUGAUUCAUGCCCCCUCGGCAUAAUCACUGAAUCAGACACUUCCUGAAUGGAUAAGAGGUUCUGCCACCACACAAUCUAAAUUGAUAUGUCAUCCUCUCUCUCUCUCUCUCUCUUUGCCCCUUCCACUCUCUCUUUUGCUAAGCAUAUCGCCUUUCCUGACCAGGAAUUAGCAAACGGGUCCAUUGACCAAAUCCGGCCCACCGCCUGUUUCUGUACGAUCCAUGACCUGAGAAUAGUUUGUACAUUUUCAAAUGGCUAUUGAAUAUAACAUCCUAGAUGUUGACAUCCUAGAUGUUGCCUCUUAGCUUACAAAGCCUAAAGUAUUUACUAUCUGGCCUUCUAAGAAAAAAAAUCACCAUAUUCUUAGUACCUAGCACAGUGUGCAACCCAUGUAACGCCUCAAAGAGUUUGCAGGACAAAAUUCCAGUUCAACAACUUUCUCAACGUGUGCGUGCCUGCCCUCAUGUGGCCAUCUAACGAAAUCGCAGAUACACUGCCCUGAGACCUUAAGAAAGUCAGGAGGGAUCAGGUCAACAUCUCAUUUUGUUCCCACACAUUUGUUGAGCACCAAGUCCUGGUAUUUUGACACUGGAUUUCUUGGGGCUUCCGUUUCCUCUUUAAAUAAAUAGGGUAUAAUGUUACUUUAUGGAGUAGUGAGGAUAAAAUAAAAUCGUGGGUUAUGAAAGUGCUUAGUACACUGCAGUGGGUGAACAGGCUAAAGACGUGCGCAGAGCACAUGCCCUGCAAAUGGCAGCCACUCCCAUCUCUUGUUCAUCCCCACCACUCCAUGUUUACUUUCAUGAGGAAGAGUGUGAAAGUGUCCCCAAAUGUGUGUAACGAUGAGCACUGGGACAAUUUUGGUACCUCUCUUUGUAAACCCAGGUCAGGUACCACCAUGUUGCCCCCCUAACAUGGACUCCCCCCUCUGCUUGGUGACCAUGCCAGCCCACUCUGCCCCACCAGUGAGAACAGGCUUGGGUGGGGCACACUCCCUUCCCUGCUUCUUCAUCUAGUGUCCAAGGCCACGUGUCCAUUUCCUCAGAAGCAGCAGGAAGGACUCGGCCUGAACUGCUGCAAUUGUGGGGAGCCUGGGCCACCACUCUUUCCUACCUGAUAAGCUGAAGUUGGACUGGUGGAGGUUUCUGAUGGGUGGGGGCUGGUGUUUAGAAGGCGAAGAUUUGGCUGAAGGAGCGGGAGUUGCAUAUUUGGGUGUAGCUGGUACCUCGUACACAGGACCAUCAUACAUGCCCCUGGAAACCCCUUGCAAUCCAAAAACCUAAACAGAGGAAGGGAGAGUGUGAUUGAUCGACACUGUGCAUGUGUGCCCUUCAGGGCAGAUAAAGCAGAGCCCUGCGGGCGAGAGAGAAACCUGAGGUCACUUCGAAUGUGCAUGCACACACACACAACACGCACACACAUAUGUGCACAUCACACACAUGCACCCUCACACAUUCAUACACACAAGCAUGCACACAUACACACACACGACGCGCACAUCACACGCAUUCAUACACACAAGCAUGCAUACACACACAUCUACAUACCCAUGUGCAUACACAUACAUAGAUGCACACACAUCUACAUACCCACAUGCAUACACAUACAUAGAUGCACACAUCACACACAUGCACUCAUGUACAUGCAGUCAUGCAUAUAUAUAUGCAUGCACAUGCAGUAAACAUGCUUACACAGUAGCAUACAUAAGUGAACACACACAUGCAGUAAAAGUGCCUACACAGUAGCAUACACAAGUGAACACACACACACACUUAAACACAUAUACAGGUAUUCACACUCAAAGGCAUACACUCACAUAUGUAUACACAUGCAUACAUGCCCACACAUACACACUCAGAUAUACACACCCAUAUAUACACUUACACACACGUAUACUCAUACACAUACACACAAAGCUUCAUGCAGGAGGACCCCAAAUCCCUUCCAAGAAGAAAUCACUUUCCCUAACGCUGCUGCCUACCCACCCCCGGAGAGGACCCCUGAAUCCCAGACAGGCACCAGCAAAGGGCCUGCCUUCAUGUAUGUUCUUGCAGAAGUCAAUGGCGAGGCAAAGAUUCGGGGGGGGGCAGGUAGUUUGUUGGGAGAUGGUUCCAGAAAGGGGGAAGGAGUGGGGAGGUGAGACAGGGAGGGAGAAAACUCAGUACAGAGGGACAAGGACUGGGCCAGGUCUGUGGGGGGCAGGACUGGGGAUGCUGUGGGGAGCACACCUCUGCACCUGCCUGCAGGAGGAUGGGGAAGGAGGGCAAUGGAGCCACAGCCCCAGCCCCACUGGGAAAGGGUUGUGGGGGCGGAGACCCUGAAAGCAGCAGGGCUUUCAGGCAGGAGGCUGUCAGCCUGCUGGGAACUGCCAACAGCAGCCCAGGUGACCUCAGGGGUGGCCAAGGUUGGGAGGGCACCUGCUCCAGACUCUGGAGAACAGCAUGUGUUCAGGGACCUGUACAGGGUCCCAGCAUGGGUCAGUGGCAGUGCCCUAACCCAACAUGGGGCUUCAUCCUCUACAGCAGGUUACAGUGCCCUGACCCCAGCCCCGGCUCCCUCCUUCUCUGCAGCAGGUGAUAGCACACUGAUCCCCAACUCUGGGCUCCUGUCUCUCCAUAGGAGGAAGCCUCAAUUUUAGCACCAAGUUCAAAGACCCAGCACCUGCACAUCAUGUCGACGGCCCUCCCCUCUGUCCCUGGAGCCCUGCUCCCCGACUCCCUGGGCCUCACUGUAUCCUGUCCACUCUUCUCUGUGGCUUUUGCACUGCUUCCUGGGUGAGGCCGUUCAUCACUCCCUGAAGCUCAGGUGACCAGAGGCAGGCUGUGGUGCAGGUCUCUCCUUCACCUGGUCUAGCUCCUGCAGGCAUGAAGGAAUCCCUGUGCAAUGGGACCCCCGAUCCUAUUGCUCCUGCAAAUUGCUGUCUUGGCAUUUGGGGUCAGAUAUCUGCCCUCACGGAAGCUGACUGUUAACCUCAGGCCUCAGGUUCAGACCAAGAAGGAAAUGAAGCCAGCCAAGGGGUGUUUCUGCCUCUUCAGUGGGUGUCCCAGCCAGGGAUUUCCAUGAGUCCCCUGUCCUCACAUGGCCUGCUGCCUAUGCCUGGCCUUGUCUCGGAUCUGACUCGUUUCCACCCCAUCCCUUGUUUCCCCAUCCAGUGCAAAGCGUCUGUGCGACUUGGUGUCUUUGACCUGGUGCUACACCUUAUGGAAGCUGGGGAGGGACCAAAACCAGACUCAGAGCCUCCCAGUCGGGGCUGGAGCCUGGGAAUGCAGGAAGGUCUCUGGACUUUUCCAUCUCAAUUGGUACCACUUAUGAAGCAUACAAAGAGCAGGACCACACAGGUACAGACACGCCCACACACACACAGCUCACCACAUGCUCGCAUACACACACACACACACACACUCUCCAGCACACGCACACACAUCCCCAUAUGCACACAUACACACGUGCAUGCAUGUACACAUGCACACAUACACACAUACAUACACAUACACACAUGCACGCACACACACACACACACACACACACACACGAAGCUGGCCUUUCUGGCAAACAUCAGCUGUGUCAUGGAGAAAGCAGCUGCCAUGGGGAUGGAAGGGCCUGGCUGGGGAAGAUGUUGGCCACAGGCGGGAGUCUCUCUCAGCUGUGAGAAAGUUCCCUCCUCUGAGUUGCUCUAAAGUUAGGAAUAGAGCCUGCUCCUUCCCUUUGACAGAUGUCCUGAGGUCAGUGCUAAGGUUGUUCAAGGAAAAUAAGGAACGACAGGGCAGAAACGUCAAGGGAGGAAGGAAAGGAAGAAAGGGCGGAUCUGAAGGGAGCCCUGCCUGCAAGAUGCCGGGGGUAACACCUUGCUCCACAGGGCCAGACCCAAGGGUUUCUGGGCCGUGACUCUGGCUAAGCCCUCACGGCUCUGGGCUGCAAAAGGAGGAUCACAGCACCUCCAGUGGGUGGGCAGGAUUACUUAAGAUGACGCAGGACAGCGCCCAGAGCAGCUUGGUAAGCGUCCAUCCCAUGAUCCACCCACCCUCACGGGUGCACACCCCUCUACAGUUUGCAAAGCCCUGGAACUUGCAUGUCCUCAUUUGAUGCUCACUUCUGUCCUCAGACAGGAGCCCAGGCCAGCGUCUCAACCCAUUUAACAGAUAAGGAAAGGGAGGUUCCCAAAGCGAUGACAUUAUUAACUCUGCACACAUCAGAUCUCGAUUCCCCGAGAGACGCUGUCGGCUCUGGUCCCACGGGUGGGCCCGCUCCCCUGCAGACACACUCACCUUAUUCCUGAUUUUGACGCGCUGGUACAGGUGCUCCGGGAACGCCUUCCGCGGAAUGAAGCGGCCCAUGCCCUUGUUGACGUUGAUGUUUCCAUCUUCAAAGACGAUCUUGCCCUGGCUGAUGACCACUAGUGGGGAGCCAUGGCACUCCAUACCCUCGAAGAUGUUGUACUCCACUGCCUGCACCAACAGCCUCAGCGUUACUUCCCAGGAUUUGCUCUGCUCCAAACGAGCUGUUCAUAACAGCGAUUUUGCCUAACAUUAUAUCAUAAGCGUGUUCCAAUGUUUUUUUUUUUCUCUCUAAAAAUACCUUUUAUUGACUGUGUAAUAUUCCACUGUAUGGUCCACAGUGUAUAUAACCAACAACUCACCGUUGCGCAUGUAGGCUGCUGGUGGCUUUCUAUAAUCAAAUCAAUAUUGUUCUGGGGCAUCACGAAGAGGAAGGGGGUCCCCCUGGGGUUAUGUAGUGUGGCUGCUUUGACUAUACUGGACAUAAAAAUAAGUAAAAUGUUCUUUAUUUUACUUAAAAUGUCUCUUUAAAUAAAAUUUUUUUUUCUCUA